AUGGCCAUGAGCAUUUCUAUCCUGCUGGGUGUGAUACAUCUUUGGGGUUCCCUAUGUUUGGCAAGCACCGUUACUUAUGAUUUCAACUUGACUUGGGUCAUGGCCAACCCCGACAACCUUGCCGUGCGCAAAGUCAUUGGUGUGAAUGGAGAGUGGCCACUCCCAGUCAUUGACGUCGACAAAGGCGACCGGCUCGUGGUCAACGCCCUCAACAGCCUCGACCGUGAUGUCAGUAUGCACUUCCAUGGCAUGUUCCAGAAUGGCACGAACUACAUGGACGGCCCAAACAUGGUUACCCAGUGCCCGAUCCCGCCAGGAGCCAGCUACGUUUAUAACUUCACUGUGAACCAGAAUGGAACCUAUUGGUACCACUGUCACACGGAUUAUUGUUACCCUGAUGGCUACCGCCAGGCUCUGAUUGUACAUGACAAAGACGCAUACUUUAACGAAAUGUACGACGAGGAGUUUACCAUAACCCUGAGUGACUGGUAUCACGAGAUGAUCGAGGAUAUAGCACCUUCUUUCCUCUCUCUUUACAACCCAACAGGCGCUGAACCUAUCCCGGAUUCCUUUUUGUUCAACGAUACACACAAUACGAAAAUUCCAGUAGAGGCUGGCAAGACAUAUAUGUUCCGACUCAUCAAUACAGGCGCUUUCACUGCCCAAUAUUUUUAUAUUGAGGACCACACAUUUCAGAUAGUUGAAGUUGAUGGUGUUUACACCGAGCCGAAGGAGUCUAACACCGUCUACAUCGCAACCGCGCAGCGAUAUAGCAUUCUAGUGACUAUGAAGAACUCAACCGACAAAAACUACGGCAUCGUGACCAUCGCCGAUCAAGUUCUAUUCGACUCGAUUCCAAGCAACCUCGUACUGAAUCAAACCAAUUGGCUCUUGUACAAUAAGGACGUACCCACUAGCGAGAUUAUUCCAACGCUGGAUGUCGCAACCGGACUCCCUGCCUUCGAUGACUUCACACUAGUGCCUUAUGAUCAUGAGGAGCUUUUCCCAGAGCCCAACCACACCAUUCAACUUGAUGUGGUCAUGCUAGAGCUGGAGAAUGGACUGCCUUAUGCCUUCUUCAAUAACAUUACCUACACUGCUCCAAAGGUGCCAACACUUUACACGGUCCUGAGCUCUGGUGGAUUUUCUACGAGGGCGACCAUCUAUGGCGAUAACACCAAUCCACAGAUCCUCAACCACAUGGACGUCAUCGAAGUGAUUUUGAACAACAAUGAUACUGGCUCACAUCCUUUCCAUCUCCACGGCCACAACUUUCAAGUAAUCUCACGCACACCCUCUUAUGGAUCGGACUUCUACAGCUAUCAAAAUCUCGAUGACCCUGUCAACUACAGCCCGGACAAUCACACGGCUUUCCCUAAGUUCCCAAUCCGCCGCGACGUCAUCGUCCUCCCACCACAUGGCUCCGUCGUGCUACGCUUUGUUGCCGACAAUCCAGGCGUCUGGUUUUUCCACUGCCAUAUAGACUGGCAUUUAUCUCAGGGCCUUGCAUCUGUGUUCAUCGAGGCUCCUUCGCAAAUGCAGAAGCGGCUUACCAUUCCAAGCGAUCACAUUGCAGCCUGCAAAGCUGCGGGCGUUGCGUAUCAAGGCAAUGCUGCCGCAAACACCGAGGACUAUGACGAUCUGGCCGGCCAGCGCAAGCAGUCGUCUUUUGUUCCGUAUGGCGGCUUCACUGCCAAGGGCAUCAUCGCACUCGUCUUCUCGACUCUUUCAGCCAUCAUUGGUAUCGUUGCCAUUGCUAUAUAUGACCGAUCCGAAGAUCCUGUGCACCUGAUUCCUGUGGUCAAAUCAGUGCAGAAGUAA